AUGGCUAUCUCAACCUCCUUCUCCAACUUCUUCUCUUUCCUCUCCCCCCAAACAAAGCCACAACCUCUCCUUUCUCACUUUCCAUCUCACCACAACAACCAGCGCAACAAGAUAAUCCCCCUUGUUCUCAGCCGCAAUGAAACCUCUUCUUCAGUUACAUCUUCACCACCAGAGGACAUGUCUUCCGAUUUCACCUCAUCUCUCUCUACUUCCAGCUCCAUGCUCUUAAAUUCCAACUACAAUGUUCAAGUUGUUGUUGAAGACGAUGAGCCGGGAGAGAGAUUGCUUACUAGGUUCCGUAGAGAGGUUAUGAGGGCUGGUAUUAUUCAGGAGUGUAAGAGAAGAAAGUUUUUUGAGAAUACUCAGGAUGAGAAGAAACGGAGAGUUCGUGAUGCUGCUAGGCGUAGGCGUAGGUACAGGUUUCCUAGGCGUCCGAUGACAGGGAAACCUCCAGGAGAACGGUACAACAACUACAGGCAGGACGAUCCAAAACCUGUGAAGGAAGAGGAUGGUGAUAACUGGGAUAUACCUGAAGAGGACGUGCUACAAUUUUGA